AUGACAAGUUAUCUUGGAGAAUUAUUAACAUCGGUUGACAACUCUAAUACUUUGGACAAUGCAAAAGCAUUACUGCAAACAAUUGGAUGGAGUUUGGUGGCAGGACUACUCUUUUUUGUCAUUUUCAUGGUUAUGAUCACCUCGGAAAUAUUGCUAUAUCUCUUUGGAAGAGUUUUUCCAAACACUAGAUUCUUUUUCAAACAAACAAGUCAUAUUUAUAAGAAAGCUUGUCCUCCUCAAGAAUAUAGAUAUAAAAGGUUAGAGAAUUGA